AUCUUGUGGUUAGGUGCUGUAGAGUCAAACACAAACACUCAGUGAUCUGAAAGUGAAGGAAAAACAGACUGAGGAGAGAAAAUAACAGAAAUGACAUUUUCCCACUCACUUGAAUAUUCACACUAUAUUCACUCUUGAAUAUACUGAAUGAUACAAUCGAUAAUCUUGAUGUGGCUUUACAGACGGCAAUACGAUUUGUAGUUCUUCUCAUUUUCCUACUAUGUUUUAAAAGAAAUAGACGUCAAACACAAGAUUUCUGGUUCUACAUCAGCUGACGAGGAAACAUUGAAGAGGACAACAGAGCCUGAAGACACAGAAACCCAGAGAGGAUCAUUUCCAGAGUCUCUCAAUGAACACCCAGAUAAGCGGACACUGUGGGCUGGAGAAUCAAGGCUCCUGCUGCUUGAAUGCAGUUCUUCAGACGCUCUUCAUGACGAAGGAGUUCAGGGAACAUGUCGAGAGUGUUUCAUCUGAUGAUGACUUCAUUAAAGAGCUGAAGAAAUUGUUCAAUGAAUUGGAGACACAGAAAAAUGCAGUUUCAGCAGCUGGGAUCACAGAGAGCCUCGGCAUUACAGACGUUCAUAAAGAACAAGAUGCAGCAGAACUUCUGCAUUUGAUCCUUGAUCAGACUCCUGGAUCCUCUGAGAUUUUUAAGGGCACAAUCAAGACCACAAUAACAUGGAGGUCAUGCGGACACAAGCAAGAAAGCUUGGAGGCUUUUCUCUCAUUGACAGUCUCUUUUAAAGACUCUCAGGAUGUGGAAGAUGCUGUAGAGGCACAUAUUGAUCAAAUGUGUGGAGAGUAUCCGUUGAAUUGUUUUCAUUGUAACAGCACAGUCUGUAAAAAGGCAAGUAUCUUUUCUAUCAGGUAAUAUCUGUUUCAAUUAAAUAAUUUGUGAAAUAUAGUGUGGAUUGAUUUACAUUUAAGUAAAUCAGUUUAAAAUGGCUCUGUUAACAGUAAAACUGCAGUACAUAAACUCUUCCAUACUUUAAAUAAAAAGAAAAUACACAAUAGCAUUUAAGCUGAAAUACUGAAAAGUUAUAAAAACUGGGUCAUUAAUUUAAUAAUAAUGCAAAUACUCUUUUCUCUUUUGAUUGGUCACAGAAUCCUCAUGUGGUUGUAACAUAUACUUUGUUUGGGUGUUAAACUAGUUAGUAAUAAUUUGUUGUUGAUUUGCAUCUAAUUGUUCAAUGCUGUAUUUGCUUCAUGAAUACUUUGUGAAGAAAGAAAGCACAACUAAUUCAUGCUGUUGUUUUCAUAUUAAAUUAU